AAGUACAAACUACGUCAGUGAGUCGUUGAUUUCACGUUCACACUGGAUUAGAUUUAAAAUGUUUAAUAAAAAGCCACGCAGAAAUUUCAGGCAAAGGAAAAAUGAAUCCAGCGAUGAAGAUGAGAAUGAAAAGCUCAGCGGUGGCGAUGCCGGAAAGGAAAUGGAGAAAGCGGAUUCAAAAGCGGAUUUGCCGCGAAAGAACGUUAGUCCGAAGGCUCGCGAGUGCGACUCUAGUGACGCUGAGGAGCGCUCAGUCACCGCACUCCAGUCCAAAGACACAAAACACCAGUCAAAGAAGAGUACACUCAGCUUUCUAGAUGAAAAAGACUCCACCGAGGGAAGUUUUACAGUGAAACGUUCAGUCAACAGUGAAGUUGUGUUCCAGGCUCGGAAGAAAGACGGUUCUCCUGCACCGUUAACAGGCUCUCAGGUUAAGGAGAGUAAGGAUGUCCGUGUGCAAUCUGACAGUGAUUCUGAUUCCUCGUUUGAAGACAUUCCUCCCGACAGCGAUGAAGGAAGCUCUUCUACCAUGUCGAGUUCAUCUGGUUCUUCAAAACCACAAAGAGCUGCAGUCAUCAUUCCUGAUGCAAAAAAGAUUCAUGCUGCAAAAGAGAAAAGGAGACAAGCCAGAGCCCAGCAAGAUUACAUUUCACUGGAUUCACCCCGCACUCCUGGAAGCCUACAGGAAGAAGAUCCGAGCAAUGGAGAACAAGACAGUGACAAUGAGCUGGACGAUCAUGAGCGCAGAAUCGACUUUGCACCCAAACCUAAGACUCUGAGAGAGCGAAUGGCUGAGAAGAUGGGGAGUGAUAGUGAUGAGAGUUUUUCUGACAGCCAGGAAGAGGAAGACCAGCAGAUUUGGGAAGAACAGCAAAUUGGAAAAGGAGUCAAAAGACACCAACGUUUCAAGGACCUUUCCUUGUAUUCUCAGAAGGAGUGGCAGGCUCCAAGACCUGCCCGACAGAAGAAAAUGGACAUCCCCGAAACACUUCCAACAGUCAGCAUUGAUGUCAUCAAGAAGAGAAUCAUUGUAAAAUUAGAUUCACUGAGGGAGGUGCACCGGGCGCGGGAAGCAGACCUAAGGAGGAUGCAGCUGGAUAUGGAAAUUGCCAAGAGCUCAUUGGAGAGCCUUGAAAACCAUGCUGUAGAUGAGCAGCUGCGGUUCUACCGUACCAUGAAUGUCUUCUCACGAAACCUUCUGGAAUGCCUGUCUGAGAAGAUGGCUUUAAUAAACUCUGUAGAGCUGGACAUGCACAGUCUCUAUAUUGACCAGGCAGAGGCGCUGAUGAGUCAGAGAAGAGAAGCACUACAGGAGGAGUCUUCACAGAUUCAGAAGUUAACCUAUAACACUGAUUCACACAGCAAUGGUGACACAACUGGAGUCUCUAACCCAACUUGGCAGAGCCUGUCUGAAGAAGACACUGGGUGUGUGCCGUGUGACUGGGAACCGACGGCUGAGCAGCAGGCAGAGCUACUAAGUAAAAGAGAUAAUCUACUGAAAAAGGCACAGGAAGUGUUUGCAGAUGUUCAAUUGGACUUCUGGGAUGUGAAGAAAAUACUCUCUAGAUUUGAUGAGUGGCGUGUCUCCUUUCAGGAAUCUUAUAGUAAUGCCUACAUUGGCCUGUGCAUCCCAAAACUCCUGGCACCCCUGAUCCGACACCAGCUCAUUGGCUGGAAUCCUCUUCAGGCAGAUGAAGACUUUGAGGCAUUGCCGUGGUAUUCUGCCGUUGAGAGGUUCUGUCACGGUCAGGGUUAUGAGGAAUCAGAGAACAUGGAUAAGACAACGCUGCCUUCCAUAAUUGAGAAGACAAUCCUCUCUAAAGUUCAAGGUUUCGUGGAGCUGGUGUGGGACCCUCUGUCUGCGCAGCAGUCUCAAACCCUCACGACACUGUGUAAGAGAAUACAGGAUGAUUAUUCUGUAUUUGAUGGUGAACAAAGCAAACCUGUCAAGGCUUUUGUAGAAGCAGUUAUCCAGAGGUUAAGGAGUGCAGUAGACAAUGACAUCUUUGUCCCGCUGUACCCAAAAAAGUUUUUAGAGGAUAAACGGUCCCCACAGUUCCUGUUUCAGAACAAACAGUUUUGGUCUGCAGUGAAGUUGCUUGGUAACAUGGCAUUAUGGGAUGGUGUGAUUCCUGAACAUAUUCUCAAAGAGCUGAUGUUGGAGAAACUUCUCAACCGUUACUUGAUGAUAACUGUUCUUAACGAAUCCGAUCCAAAUCACACCAUCCAGAAAUGCAAAAAGAUUGCAGGUUGUUUUCCAGAAUCAUGGUUUACUGAUGUGAACUCUGGAUCGUCACUACCUCAGCUGCAGAGCUUCAGCAAACAUCUUCUUCAGACCGCUCAUGCCUUAUUUAAGCACAACAAUGACUCCAGCAGCACUCGGACACUUUUAUCUGAUGUGCUGUUUGUCCUGAAGAACAUAAAGGCUCAUGACAGUAUUAGGACUAUAACAGAAAAGUAUCAUUGUGAGGAUCUGUUAAAAACUCUCCAGUAGCAGCCAUCUUGUGUCGGCAGCAGGUUUUUUGUAUGUUUUUAAGGUGCGAAGUCUAUUUGAUAUAUGUAUGUGGAGUGAAUAAUUUUUUUUAUUUUGGUCCACAUGGUUUUCAUUUUCCUUUACCUUGGUUCGAACUGUAAUUUAUUCCUGUCAGGAAAAAUGAAAUAUUUUACUAUUCCUCAAUGUCGUUAUUUUUAUGAAAUGAUAAAUGGUUCUCAUUGUACUUGUUUAUGCAUGCCACAUAUAUUAUGGUCUAACAAAUCUGGAACGUAUGUCCCAAAGGAGCCGUUUCCUGGAGUUGGAACGUAUGUCCCAAAGGAGCUGUUUCCUGGAGUUGGAAUAAUUCUUGUCUUGGAUCAAAUAUUACUGGCUUAGACCAAGACGUACCAUUCAGAUUCACCAUGAAUGGGAGAAUUUCUUUUGUGAAGUAACUCGGCCUUCCAAGAAAAUACUCUCACAGAUGUUUGAAACUGAGAAGCUAUUCUGCCAUCAGUUUAAGUGAUGUCCAUCAGCUGGAAAAAAAAAAGUUUUCAGAAAGUGAUUCCAAAUAUAUAGUUUCUGUGCAUUUAUUAUGGAUGUAGUGUGGACUCUGCUAUACUUUAAUAGUAAGAAUGUUUUUUCCAACUAUAUCUUUGUCGUUAUGGUUCUUGGUGUGAAUGAGACCUUGAAAGGCAACUCCACCCUUUACAUCCUCAUUCCUCCCAUAUGUACAGUAUCUACUUUGUACUACAGUAUGUAAUGUAUGUGCUUAUUCAUCAGAUGCACAAAAAGAUGGAUUUUUAGGGGGAAAAAUCUCUGCCUAUAAUGCAAGUGCACAGUAGGCUUCAUCCAUAGAUAAUGCUUCGCAUAACUACAACGUGAUAAACUUUUUAAUUUUUUUUUACUUGACUGUAAUAUGCUUUACCCAAUUUAAAGUCAGAAAUUUCAACAAUGAAUGUUAUAACAACAUGCAAAAACAAACAUCACUGGUUCUCACGUCAAACAUGCAUGUUUAAACUACCGUUUACCAUAAAUGCAAUGGAAGAGAAUAAAAUGCUUUUUGUGCAAGUUCACCUUGCAGUGAAAAGAUAA